CUUUAAGAAAAUGGCCCUGUCGGCCCAACAGAUCCCCAGAUGGUUCAACUCAAUUAAGUUGAGCAGCUUCAUUAAUGCUACCCAGCUCAAAAAAUGCUUGCUGAGACCAAGGAGAACAUGGCUGCGCAGCUGUUCUACGCAGCCUCCGGUGUCCUCUGACAAUUGCUUCCUCCAGUGGGGAAUUAAGACUUAUAGGACUUCCUCCGCGUGGACUAGUUCCCAGGCCACCAACUCAGGUCGGCAAGAGAAUAGCUCGGCCCCAAAUGCUGGGCUUCCUUCCUCGAAAGACGGACAACUGCAGGUGCCACAAAAGAGCCCCAACGCUGAAGCUGAGGUGCCACCAAAAGGACUAGACGACUGGCUCCCUCCGACCCCGUUGCAGCCAGUGUCCGAGCAGGAGGCUAUUCAGAUCAUUGCAGGCCCUCCGCUGCCCCCGGAUUCACUGACGCUCCGAGACUACGUGGAUCAUUCUGAGACGCUGCGGAAGCUAGUGCUUCUAGGAGUGGAUUUGUCCAAGAUAGAAAAACAUGUGGAAGCUGCCAACCUUCUUCUGAAACUAGAUUUCGAAAAAGAUGUUAAGCAGAUCCUUCUGUUUCUAAAAGAUGUAGGCAUAGAGGAUCACCAGCUGGGUUUAUUCUUGACUAAGAAUUAUGCGAUUUUCUCAGAAGACCUUGAAGAUCUCAAGAUCAGAGUGAAUUAUCUGCAGUCAAAAAAUUUCAGUAAGACGGAUAUUACACGCAUGGUCCAAAAUGCACCAUUUUUACUGAAUUUUUCUGUGGAAAGGCUAGAUAACAGACUGGGAUUUUUUCAAAAAGAACUUGAACUUAAUGUGAAGAAGACUAGAGAUCUGGUAGUUCAUCUCCCAAGGUUAAUAACUGGAAGUCUGGAACCUGUGAAGGAAAAUAUGAAGGUGUAUCGCCUUGAAUUUGGGUUUAAACGUAAUGAAAUUCAGCAUAUGGUCACCAGAAUCCCAAAGAUGUUAACGGCAAAUAAGAGGAAGCUCACGGAGACCUUUGACUACGUGCACAACGUGAUGCACAUCCCCCACCACAUCAUCGUCCGGUUCCCACAGGUAUUUAACACAAGAGUGUUUAAAAUCAAAGAAAGACAUUUGUUUCUUAACUACUUGGGAAGAGCACAGUAUGACCCAGCAAAACCCAACUACAUUUCUUUGGACAAGUUAGUAUCUAUUCCUAAUGAAACAUUUUGUGAGAAUAUUGCCAAAGCUUCAGUACAGGACUUUGAAAAAUUCUUAAAGAUGCUUUAGUUUUUAAUAAAUGUUAAGAUGUAAUAAUAUUAAAAAAUGGCUAUUUUAAAUAAAUGUCUUAAGUCUCA